AGGUGCCGGGUGCCUGUCCACUUGGCUAUCCAGUGUGGAGCGAAGCACACGUGUUAUCCCUCUUCCACCGACUUCGACCCCACCCAAGACUCCACCUCAGACUCCACCACCGUCAGAACAGCAUAUUACUCCACCGACAGCCAUGACGGAAGACUCCGCGAAGAGCACCGCACGGGAGGCAGAAGAACAAGAAGGAAGAGAGAAGAAGAAGGAGGAGGAGGAGGGAGAGGAGAAGAAGAAGAGGGAAGAAACAGCAGCGGAGAGGAGUGCUACAUGCUAAAGAAGAAGAAGAAGGUGGAGGUUGUGGUGGAGGAGAGGGAGGAUGCGGGGAGGGAAGAGAAGGAGGAAGACAUUCAGGAAGACCCAGUUUCACCAGCAUCAGGAAGUCAGGUUUUUCUACACCCCGCCUCCUCCUCCUCUUCCUCUUCCUUCCCUUCCUCCCCGACGCAUCCCAGCAUGGCUAUCGGAAGCACCUGCCCCCGCGCAUCCAACACCUUGUUUACACGUAUCCAACAGGCGUUACGAUCGGCGCCGCUGGAGCCGAUGCUGUUCCUCAAGAUGCUGGCGGAGGGGAACUUCGGCGUGGUGGCGGACACCCAGGAGCAGGACCGCCUGUGCCGCGUCAACCUCAACUUCUCCGAAUACGAGUGUGCGUCGUGGAUCACGGACGAGAACCUGACCCACGUGAAGACGGCCGUGCAGCGGGAGCAGAAUCUGUUCAAUUACCACCAGAGCAUCAUGGACAGCGUGCUGCCCCUCGCCGUCGUGCUGUUCGCCGGCUCCCUCAGUGACCGCCACGGCCGCAAGCCGCCCAUGCUGGCCGUGCUGGCGGGCUUCGCGAUCCUGGCCACCGUGUACCUGCUGGAGGCCCUCAACCCCUCCUGGCCCGCGCAGGUGAUGUAUGCCGGCACAUUGGCCGUGGACAGCGUGGGCUCGUGGGUGGUGUUCAACAUGGCGGUGUACAGCUACGUGGCGGACAUCACUACGCCCGAGACGCGCACGCGGCGCCUGGCCAUCCUGGACGCCACGUGGUACAUAGGCGGGCCGCUGGGCAGACUGCUGGGCGGCUGGCUAUACCGAGUGGCCGGGUACGCCGUGGUGUUCGGACUGUCGGCGGGGCUGUGGCUGGUGUGCUUCCUGUACGUGCUACUGCUGGUGCGGGAGAGCGUGGACAAGUCUGCCCUCAAGCCCGAGGUAGAGAAGGACCUGGGGGAUGCCCGCUGGGGGCCCCUGCGGCACGUGGUGGCCCUGUGCCGCACGGCCUUCAAAGUGCGGCCCGCCCACGGCCGUCGCUUCCUGGCAGCGCUGGUGGCUCUGAAGCUGGUGGUGUUCUUGGUGCAGGGCCACCAGAUGUACCUGUGGGCGCAGCAGGUGCUCCAGUGGGGCGCAACGGAGUUCUCGACAUGGAGCAGCCUGGACUCGGUGGCCCACCAGGCGGGCAUGGUGGCCUGGACCUGGGUGGCGGGGCGCGCAGCCCUGCACGACUCCCUGGUGGCGGCGGGAGGCGUGGUGUCCAUCGCGGCUUGGUCAGCCCUGCUGGCGUGCAUCACGGCGCCGCAGAUGUGGUGGCUGGCGGUGGUGGCCUCGGUGGCGGGCAUGCUGGAGCCCAGCAUCGAGCCGGCGCUACGCACGAUGCUCACCACCAUUGUGGGCGAGGGCGAGGCCGGCCGCGUGCUGGCUCUCGUGGGGCUGCUUGAGGCCGCUUGGUUUCUCGCCGACCGGUCCCUCUACACCUACCUCUACAACGCCUUCUUCGUCACCUUCCCACAGAUCAACCUGGUGGUGCAGGCCGGCAUCUGCGCCCCGCUGCUGGUGGCGCUGCUGCUGCUGUGGCAAUUCCUGAAGCGUCGAGAGACAGGAGCCUACACCCUCCCCCACCAGGAGUGAUGACCAAGCUACAAUCAUCAUCAUCAUCAUUAUUAUCGUCAUCAUCUUUGCAUUGUGGUUGCUUUAGAAGUCAUUAGUUUCUUGCCUCAUCUUCCUCCUCAUCACCAUCAAUCUUAUCCUGCGACUCCAGCUCCAUUUUCCUUUCUUUUCUUACCCCUCUUUCUCCUCCCUAUCAUCAUCGUCCUUACGACUCCAGCUUCUCCGGCAUCUCUUACUCAACAAAGAGGAGUAAAUAAUCUGAGUGUGGUAUGUAACGUCAGGUCCUGCCCGGGAUUCUCACACACGAGGAGAAAGUAGGAGUUAAGGACACUAUAUUCUCUUGUUACGUAGCGCCUAGCAAACUCCAUCAACAGGAAAACAAUCGUGACUCUUCAGACUAAAGGUGAAGAAUGGGUGAUAGAAGAUAGAGUAAAGCCCCAAAUACACUGCCGAAUUUUGGCCACGAACUUGACGCCGAAUCAGUUCGUGAAAAAAUUCGGCGACCAAUCGCCAACAUGACCAAGAUUCUUACAGUUCGUGACCAUUCGGCGACAUGUCGGCGACAUGUCGGCGAAUGCUCAAGACAAUUCGGGGACAGUUCGGAGACAUGUCGCCGACUAUUCGGCGUCCAUGUCGCCGAGCUCAAAAUCUGAAAUUUUAACGUUUUUUUUGUCGCGGAAUAACUGGCGACAAGUCUCCGAAUUGUCUUCGCAUGUCCCCGAAGUGUCGGCGACAUGUCGGGGACAAUUCUCCGACAGUGCCAAGAUUUCUGACAGCUGAUCAUCUGAUGCCCAUGUGGCAUAUUAAAGCACGGGAAUCCGCGCCUACCUCAUGGACUACUACAACACCCGGGGAGCAGUGGCCUGGCAGGACAGAAUUGUGGGCGAGUAAAUACCAUGUGUGGUAAUAUGUGUGGUAAUAUGUAUGAUAGUAUGUGUAAUAAAAUGUAUAAAUGUGA